AAGCAAUGUUUUUACAGAAUGCAUUUGUUUGCUGGCCACAAUCACUUCAUUUUGAAAUUGUCUUGUUUAUUGAAUUAGAAAACUUAAGCCCAAUAAUUAAAUACAUUUCCCUACGACUGAAUAAUGAAAUAGGGAUAAAAAAUGGCUGAUACUGAUGACGUAGACUAUAAUUCAGAUGAAUAUCCAGGGUCUCCUUCAUACAAUGAAGACCGAGAUGAUGAAAAUGUAGAUGAAGAUGAGGAUGAUGAUGAUGAAGAAGAAGAGGACCCAGAAACAGUUCAAGCCGAAUGCUUGGCAUUGUUUUCACAGCGUGACUUCAUCAUGGAAUCUAAUAUCUUGAAUGUUCUCAAAAGGUAUCUUCAGGCAGGUGGAGCACCAUCAACUGUUGUAGAGUUGCUGUCUGUAAACUUUACUUCUAUUGCUGGCAUGGUCAAUGUUAUGGCUAACUGGCUUAUACAUAUUGGGGUCUCACAAAGGGAAGUCACUAUGUUGGUAGAAAAUCACAUGACUGAGAUGGUCAUGAAACAUUUUGAUCCUAAGAAGGCAGACUCUAUCUUUAACACAGAUGGCAAUAUGCCAGAGUGGCUGCCAGAAAUGAUACAACAGCCAACAUGGCGCUCAGUGUUUUACAGACUGGCCGAGCAGUAUCCAGAUUGUUUGUUUCUUAAUUUCACCAUCAAGAUGAUAUCAGAUGCUGGUUUUCAAGGGGAGAUCACCUCUGUGUCAACAGCUUGUCAUCAAAUUGAAGUGUUUACCAGAGUGUUGAAGACAUCAAUAGCAACAUUUCUAGAAGGGGGAGAGGAGGCACUGGAGAAACACCUACCAGAAUUCACAAAGAUGGUGUGUCAUGGUGAGCACACAUACCUCUACAGUCAACUACUGAUGCAUUUGGCAGCAGAGGAAGCUCAGGGGGGUCCAAACAUGAGAAGGUUAUGUCAGGAAUUACAGAAGGCAGCUGUCAACAAAAACCUAGAGGUCACACCUAUAACAGUGGCCCUGACACAUGCAAACGAUUACCCUCGGGCGUGCCAGGCACUGUCCUCCAUGUUGUCACGACAAGCACUCAACCCAGCUGAUGUCACUGUGCUGUACAAAAUGUACUCUGAAGGAGAAGGACCACCUGUUGCACUCAUCAGAGUCCCAGAAUUCUUAGACCUUCUAGUGGAUGCCUUGUACAACCCUACCAGUAAAAUCAGUCCAGAACACAAAUCAAAAUACAUUUUCCUCCUAGCCUAUUCAGUCAGUGUGGUUGAAUCUUCUCGCAGAGGGAAAGGCCGCAGACUCAACAAAGAGGAACUCAAGUCCACCACACAAGCCAUUGAAAAAACACACACCCUCCUUGCCAAUCACAAGGGCUCGUCAGAGCUCAUAGCCGAGGUGGCCACAUUGUUUACAUGUAUAAAGUUUCCUGUAGUUGCCAUGGGAGUUUUACACUGGGUGGAUCUGACUGUCUCUGAACCAAGUUUUUUUAAGCUCAACACAGACCAUACUCCUCUUCAUCUGGUGUUGGUGGACGAGAUUGUAUCAAAUCAUCCAUUAUUACAUCAAAAAGCUCUCCAGUUAUUGACUCGGCUUUUUGAUAACUCUUAUGAUGAGUUGGAUGUUCUUGUUAGGCUUGAAUUAAAGAAAAUGGUCCUGGACAGGAUGUUGCACCUGUUACACAGGGGGUGUGUCAUUCCUGUUGUCACUUUCAUCACCAAAUGUGUUGAGGACACCGACAUCUCCUUGGUUAGGCAUUUUGUAACUGAGCUGUUAGAUAUGAUAGCCCCGCCCUACACAAUGGAGUUUGUCCAGCUCCUGCUUCCAUUGAUUGAAAACAAGGCUGUGACGGACACACUCAGGACCAAUGACGGCAAAGAUCCGGUCUCGGAAUUUAUUUGUCAUUGUCGAACAUUGAUGAACCAAGUUUAAGCCAUUCAUGCUGUAUGAUUCAUUAAACACAUCAGUCGUAUGAUUCAUUAAACACAUCAGUCACAUUGUGUGAUUCAUUAAACACAUCAGUCGUAUGAUUCAUUAAACACAUCAGUCACAUUGUGUGAUUCAUUAAACACAUCAGUCGUAUGAUUCAUUAAACACAUCAGUCACAUUGUGUGAUUCAUUAAACACAUCAGUUGUAUGAUUCAUUAAACACAUCAGUCACAUUGUAUGAUUCAUUAAACACAUCAGUCACAUUGUGUGAUUCAUUAAACACAUCAGUCACAUUGUAUGAUUCAUUAAACACAUCAGUCACAUUGUAUGAUUCAUUAAACACAUCAGUCACAUUGUAUGAUUCAUUAAACACAUCAGUCACAUUGUAUGAUUCAUUAAACACAUCAGUC